CGGCCACCCAGGUCCAGCCUCUUCAUCUCUCUCCUCCUGAACCUCCUUCCAGGCUCACAUGGGACCCAAAUCCAUGGGGUCCUGCGUGGCUGCCUCAGGGUCACACACCUGGGGGGAAAGGGGCUUCUGGCUUCAAGAUCAAUGUUUAACCGGAUGUGCCAGUCAAUGUUUACCAGAAGAGAACGCACUCUCUACGGGGUUGGCUGAGAGUAAAGGUCCCGGUGGGCGGAGGGGUGGGCCGGGCCGGCUGGAGCCCGUGCAGAGGGCGAGGAGCACCCAAGUGGGGCCAGAGGAACUUCGAGUGCGGCAGCAAGGAGCCCGCAGAGCCUCCUCUGGCAGUGCGGAGCCAAGGCGGGGGCUCCGGGAGGAGUACCUCUGGGACCUGAAACACUGGAGCCUGUUCUCGGCAAGAAGAUUCAAACGCCCAGGAACAUGGCGCUGCUCUGGGGGCUCCUGCUGCUCAGCUCCUGCUCUGUGUUCUCCCCUGUGAGCGCCAUGGAGCCCGUGGACCAGCAGCUAACUAUAGGGCCGACCCAGGAGAGGGUGCUCCCGCUUACCUUCCUCAAGCUGGACAACCAGGAACCUGGUGUCCGGACUGCACCGAAGAGUCCAGCAAGAGACUGCAGCGGAGACCCCACCCCACAGCAGACCCGCAGGCUGGCCCGGGCCAUGACGGCCUUCACUGCCAAGCUGUUCUCCCUGGUGGCUGAAACCUCCACCAGCCCCAACCUCAUCCUGUCACCCCUCAGUGUGGCCCUGGCACUGUCUCACCUGGCACUAGGUGCUCAGAACCACACGCUGCAGAGGCUGCACCAGGUGCUGUAUGCCGGCCCCGGGCCCUGCCUCCCCCAUCAGCUGAGCCGCCUCUGCCAGGGCCUGGGCCCCAGCGCCUUCCGACUGGCCGCCAGGAUGUACCUGCAGAAAGGAUUUCCCAUCAAAGAAGAGUUCCUGGAACAAUCAGAACGGAUAUUUGGUGCAAAGCCCGUGAGCCUGACGGGAAAGCAGGAGGAUGACCUGGCAAACAUCAACCAGUGGGUGAAGGAGGCCACGGAGGGGAAGAUUCCGGAGUUCCUCUCCCAGCUGCCGGGAGACACGGUGUUGCUUCUCCUCAAUGCCAUCCACUUUCAGGGUUUCUGGAGGAACAAGUUUGACCCAAGCCUCACCAAGAGAGGCUUCUUCCACCUGGACGAACAGUUCACGGUGCCCGUGGAGAUGAUGCACGCCCCCAAGUACCCGCUGCACUGGUUCUCGCUGGAGCAGCCUGAGAUCCAGGUCACCCCCGGUUGUCCCAGCAGGCUGGGCCUGAGUGCUGGGAGGCGGGGAGGGGAGGGGACAGGCUGUGGAGCUCGUACAGGGCUGGGUGGUUGGUGCCUCACCUUCCUUGCUGCCACGUCCCAGGGGCAGGCAGUUCCAAAGGGUUCCACAUCCCCCUCCUACACGGCAGGAGGACUGAGGCUCCAGGCUCUUCAAGGUUCAUUAAUUCAAUGAAAAUAUAGGGGGCAUUUGCUGUGUGCU